CUCCCGCGCUCCUCCCCACUCUAGUGCGCGCCAUUUCCUGCGCUGCGCUCCUACUCUGCUCGCCUCGCCCUCGCCAUCGUCUUCCCUGCGCCUCUGCUCCUCGUACAGAGCAAGCUAAGAGAAACAGCAAGCCAGCAAAGAGAAGCAGCACAGUGAACGCGGAGGCGGUCUCCCUUGCUGUCAUCCUGCAUUCCUCUGUAAGGUUACAGCAGCCAGCCAGCCAGCCAUGGGGCGGCACAAGUUCCGGCUGUCCGACAUGAUCCCGAACGCGUGGUUCUUCAAGCUCCGGGACAUGCGCGCGCGGGGCGGCGCCGCUGCCUCGGCGGCCAGCCCGCGCGGGGCCGCGUCGCGGCCGCUCCCGAGCACGCCGAGGCACGGCCACGGCGGCGCGUGGCUCCCGCACAGGGCGUCCCACUACUACACGCCGCGGGCGGGGGACCUCGUCCUGGGAUCGCCGCUCCACCCCAAGGCCUCCGACACGCACUUCCCGCCGCUGCAGCUGUCGCCGCCGCGCCGGUCCAGGCGGCGCCACCGGAGGCGCUCCGUCAAGCUGGCGGCGCCCUCCUCGGUCAGCAGCAGGAGCAGCGGCGUCGCGUCGUCGCCGGCCUCCGCCACCGGCUGCCGCUGCGGGCGCCGGCGGGAGCUCGUGGUGCUCGACGCGCCCGACACCCCGCCGUGCCGCCGGGACGUGUUCGUCGGUUACAGCAGCGACGACGACGAAGACCUGAAGAAACCAACGGCAAAAGUCCGUGCCCACGGCAAGCUCGACGGCAAGGUGUUCACUUCCGCCACGGAGAUCAUCAUCGACCUGCGGACCAACAAGAGGCCGGAAAAGACGCUCCCACCGAUCACGACCAAGCCGGCGGGGAGAGAGCCCGACGGCUGCGAGAAGCUCGAGGACAAGCACAUCGACGUCCUGAAACACGCGACCCAGCGAACACCACCUCCUCCUCCCGAGCAAAGCAAGCUCAAGCCGAGGCGAUCCGUGUCGUCGGCGCGCCGCCUCAAGACCCGCGCGAACACCCCGCGCAUAGCGUCGUCCAAGAAGUGCAAGCCACCGGCGGCGACCCCGCGCUCGCCGGCGCGGACCAAGCCGCCGCCCCUGGCGGAGAGCUUCGCGGUGGUGAAGACGUCGCGGGACCCGAGGCGGGACUUCCGGGAGUCGAUGGAGGAGAUGAUCGCGGAGAACGGCAUCCGCACCGCCGCCGACCUCGAGGACCUCCUCGCGUGCUACCUGGCCCUCAACGCCGCCGAGUACCACGACCUCAUCGUCGAGGUGUUCGAGCACAUCUGGGUCACACUCUCGGACGUCAAGAUGUAGCAGAGGCAGAGCUCAUGCAAAAUGCAACGCACUCUGUCACGAUGAAUUCAACGACUCCCAUCGUGCCAAGAGUGGUAAUUGUAACUAGUAAUUAGAUUCCUGUUGAUGGUCCUAAAUUAGGUAUGCAAAUACAUUCCAAUCCUGUGAAACCACAGUGCUGUCUCUCUUUACCUCGAUGAUGAUACUGUAGCGCACUUGGUUGAGCACUUGAGCAUACACCUGUGCGCUGUAAGAUGCUGUACAGGUAAGCAGGAACUGUAACUGAUAUGGUGUGGGUGUUUAGUGGAGUAAACUGGAAAUCAA